UCUUUUUCUUCUCUCUCUCUUUUUGCAUUUUUGUGGUCGGCGGGCAAUCUAUGAAUGUAUGUGUUGGAUUGAUGGAUGGAUGGAUGUGUCUUCAGGAUGAAAAGGGGAUGCAAUCUGUCAGUCGUCAUACGAAAAACGGAAAGUUAAUUGACUAAGAGGAGAUCAAGAAAUAUGCCGAUAUCCAGAGAUUGUAAAGGUUGGAGAACAUGUUUCCGUACCCUCUUUCCUGCAGCUUCUCUACUCUUUGUAGUACUCUUUAUAUGGAGCCCAGUAAUCUCACAACCCAGUAAAGAGGUAACUCUUAGACCUUUACAGCAGAAACAGUUCAAAGGGAGUUUGAGUCUAGAAAGGAACACCUCCAAAAAUACUGCUUGUCGGCGGAGGCCUCCUGGAAGAGAGACACUACCUAGAGGAAUAGUUGCCGAAACCUCUAACUUGGAAAGACGACCGUUAUGGGGUUUACCAAAGAAGACAAAUACUUCCAGUCUACUUGCUAUUGCUGUUGGAAUCAAGCAGAAGGAAAAUGUAGAUAAGAUGGUACAAAAGUUCCUAGGAAGCAACUUUGUUGUGAUGCUCUUCCAUUAUGAUGGUGUUGUUGAUGAGUGGAAGGCUUUUGAAUGGAGCAGUACUGUCAUACAUGUAUCUGCUGAUAAUCAAACUAAAUGGUGGUUCGCAAAAAGAUUCUUACAUCCAGAUAUUGUAGCAGCAUACGAUUAUAUUUUCUUGUGGGAUGAAGAUCUUGGUGUUGAAAACUUCCAUCCUGAACGAUACUUAUCCAUUGUGAAAGAUGAAGGGCUUGAGAUAUCACAACCAGCACUCGAAAUUGGAGAAUCUGAGGUGCAUCAUCUUAUCACUGCACGGUGGAGGAGAGCAAAUGUGCACAGACGGGCUUAUAAACUUGAUGGUAAGGGCAUUCGAUGCGAUAAUACAAGCUCCACUCCUCCAUGCACAGGGUGGAUAGAAGUGAUGGCCCCUGUAUUCUCCAAAGCUGCCUGGCGUUGUGUAUGGUACAUGAUCCAGAAUGAUUUGAUCCAUGCUUGGGGACUAGACAUGCGGCUUGGUUAUUGUGCGCAGGGAGAUAGAACAAAAAAUAUAGGAGUAGUGGAUGCUGAAUACGUUGUUCACUAUGGCUUCCCAACACUAGGGGAACCUGAUAAGGGCAAAUUAGCAUCCAGCAGAGAAGAAAAGAAGGAACCAGCCCAGCCCAAUGCAAUUAACCAGAGACUUGAAGUGAGGAGACAGUCUUACAAUGAGUACAAGGUAUUCAAACGGAGAUGGAAGAAAGCGGCGGAGAUGGACAAGUGUUGGACUGAUCUAUAUCCAGAUGAUGAACUCAAGCAGAGCAUUCUUUGGCCUCUCAUGUGAUUUUGGCAACUCCCAUAUAUGAAAACAGAGGGUUUAUACAGAAGAUAUGCAGCAGCUUAAAUCAUACAUUAUAGAGGCAUUGUUGUACAAAAAGUGAGUUGAGAAACGCAAGGGUGUCUCAGCUGAGGCUGUGAUAUGUGGAUACUGAAAACCAACCUUCACCCUUCUCUUUAUUUUCCAUCUUCAGUUUUAUAUAUGGCUUUCUGUUUGUCUGUCAAGGAUGGAGAUAUUAUUCACAGUAGGAGGCACCAACUUUUGUUUACUCGUUGUUAAUGCCGUUAUCAUUUCAUUGAA